AUGCCUAUACUUUGUCCCAAAAUACCCUUCCUCUUCUUCACUCCUUCACUCUGCUUCUACAACAUUGCGACAACAGACGGUCUGAGAGGCCAGCCUCAUCUGGAGGCUCAAUACUUGACUGACCUUGAAUCUAAUCAGGCCCUUGGGGCUGAAGGGGACAUUCCCUUGCGCAGAGUCAGUCCGAAUCAGCGUCUUGGGCAAGUGGUUGAUGGACUGAGUCGGUAUCUGACUGCCGAGGAAGUCGGUGAGUCUUUCACAACUUGA